AUGUCCACGGAUUUCCACUGCCCAGGGCCCACGCCCGCCCCAGCCACGCAAACUCACGUGUUUCCAGAAGAAGAAGAAGAACGAGGGUGCGCGGAAGGGAGUUUUUAUAGUGUACCAAGCGCCGCGAUAUCUCGACUGCUGGCGCAAUUCAUCCCAAGCUGUAAUUGGCUGUGUUAUUCCCCCACCCCCGCCACGUUCUCUCUGCGCCUGCGCGUUUUCCCUCGCCGAAGCCGCGACGGGCGCCAACGGGGAGGAGGGACUAUAAAGACCUCGCGCGGGCGCCUCUCGGGCCCCGUCGUGCUCAGGAGUGUGUCGCGCCGCGCUGUCUGCCAGAGUGGUGGGUACGAUCUCAACCUCUUUACCAGCCCUCCUGACUACAACUUCCUGUGUUCCGUCUGCCAUGGGGUUCUCAAGAAGCCAAUGAGGUUGCCAUGCAGUCACAUCUUCUGCAAAAAGUGCAUCUUCCAGUGGCUAGCCAGACAAAACUCCUGUCCAUGCUGUAGACAAGAGGUGAAAAGAAGAAAGAUGGUCCAAGUGAAUAAACUCCGGAAAACCAUUGGCCGCCUACAAGUCAAGUGCAAGAACGCUGCAGCUGGCUGCCUGGUGACAUGCCCUCUGGCUCAUCGCAAGAGUCACCAAAACUCAUGCCCCUUCGAGCUGAUGACUUGCCCCAAUGAGGGCUGCACUGCACGGAUUCUGCGUGGGGUCCUGGAUGAACACCGCCAGCAUUGCCAGCAGGAUGGCCAGCAGCGCUGCCCCUUAGGCUGUGGAGCCACUUUGGCUGCCUCGGAGGGUGAGCAACACAACUGCUACCGUGAGCUCCGUGAUGCUUGGGUACAGCGCCACGAGCGCAACCGGACCCUGCUACUGAGCCUGCUGAAGCGUGUGCGCCGGGUGCACCGCACCACCAACUUCAUCCGCCGGCAGCUGGCACAGCUGGGCGACUUCCUAGAGGAUGACUCCCUGCUUCUGAGUUCCAGGGCACAGGAAACUGAGGUUGCCCCGGAGGCUGAGAUGUGGGGUGUGCAGGGCCAAGGUGUCUUAUAAAGGAGUUAUAUAGACGCUAAGCCCAGGCCUAGCCCACCUCAUAUCCUGUGUGCUGUUCUUUGUUGUCCUUGUCACCUCUGCUAACCUUCCAUACCAGACAAUGGCAUUUUGCUCCCCCAGACUUUUUUUUUCUCUGACUGGAUCUACCCCUGAGUAGACCCUGCAAAGUUGUUCCCUUCUUCAUGAACUCACUCUUCUUCCCACUUUUCUCUCGGCCUAAUAGCUUCCUACCUAGUUACACAAAUAACUCGAAACUCUAAAUCAAGAGUAGAUGCCAGGGGCUGGAGAAAUGGCUCAGCGGUUAAGAGCAUUGCCUGCUCUUCCAAAGGUCCUGAGUUCAAUUCCCAGCAACCACAUGGUGGCUCACAACCAUUUGUAAUGAGGUCUAGUGCCCUCUUCUGGCCUGCAGGCAUA